AAGCGCGCGCGUGUUGCCGCCGCUGCCCGAGGUGUGCGGGGGCUGGCCCCGGGAGCGGCACGGCACGGCCUGGCCUGGCCAGGGCCGCUGCCCCCCGAGCCCCUCACUGCCGAGUUACGGCUUGGGCAGCUGCCCGCUGCCUUUAGCAGCUCUGGGCAUCCUGCGGGACGAACAGCAUCCCCCCUUCCCGAGCUGCCCCCGGCUGCUGUGGGGAAGGAAGGGGUGGUGGUGGCCCUGGAGAGCAGCCCACGGCAGGGCAGCCCGGCUGUCGCUGGCCCGGGCUCCGAGCGCGGCGUCUCCGUUCCCUGCUGGGCUCUGAGCAGCGCCGUCUGUAAGGAACAGCCGUGGUCUGUGCCAGUGGUUGUGAAAGUCCGUGUGACCGCUGGGUCAACCAGCCUGGUAAGAACAGUGCUGCUGCUGCUGCUGCUGUGAAGGCAAAGGCCAGCAAGGUUUGAAGGGAGCUUGUCGGCGUCGGGCUCUCCUCCCAGGUACCCAGCUGCAGGAUAAGAGGACAAAGCCUCAAGCUGCACCAGGGGAGUUUUAAGUUGAUUCUUCAGGGGGCUCAUCUCAAAGUAUAGUUUAAAAAAGCUUUGCAAAUAGUGGAAGAAAAUGUCACAUAAAAGCUCUAAGGUAGUCAAGAAAGUAAACGUUUCCAGCUCCUUGGAAUCUGAGGAUAUCAGCUUGGAAACCACAGUACCAACCGAUGAUGUUUCUUCCUCUGAAGAGAGAGAAGGUACUGUAAAAAUCACUAAGCAGCUGAUUGAACGGAAGGAGUUGCUCCAUAAUCUUCAGCUGCUUAAAAUAGAAUUGUCACAGAAAAACUUGAUGAUUGACAACUUGAAAGUUGAAUAUUUGACCAAGAUUGAGGAGCUAGAGGAGAAGCUUAAUGAUGCAAUCCAUCAAAAGCAACUGUUGUCUUUACGACUGGAUAGUCAGUUGGCAUUACAGCAAGAAGAUGCCAGGAAACAUCAGGCUCUAAUGAAACAAGAAAUGGAAACUAUUUUAUUGAGACAGAAGCAACUGGAGGAAACAAAUCAUCAAUUGAGAGAGAGGGCUGGAGAUAUCCGUCGUAGCUUGCGAGACUUGGAAUUAACCGAUGAAUGCUAUGAGAAGCUAAAGUCUCUUCCUGAAGAUCAGCUUUCUAUCCCAGAAUAUGUUUCAGUCCGAUUCUAUGAAGUAGUCAAUUCCUUAAGAAAAGAGCUAAGUGAUCUACAGAUGAAAAAGGAGAGUCUAACAGAAGAACUAAGUGGGUACAGAUCCCAACUGAAGUGUCUGACAGAGAGCUAUGAAGAUGAGAGGCGGAGUCGGUCAGAUCUUGAGGUCAGAUGCCAGCGUUUAACACUGGAACUGGCUGAUACCAAGCAGUUGAUUCAGCAAGGUGAUUACAGACAGGAGAACUAUGAUAAAGUAAAAUGUGAACGUGAUGUAUUUGAGCAUGAAUUGGCAGAACUCAGAAGAAAACAUGAAAUACUAGAGGUGUCACACAAAACACAAACUAAAGAAAGAAAUGACUUAGCAAAAGAGCUGGCAACCAUACAACAAUCCCUCAACUUGUUGCAAAAAGAUAAAGAUUAUCUUAAUCGCCAGAACAUGGAGCUCAGUGUUCGCUGUGCACAUGAAGAAGAUCGUCUUGAAAGACUCCAGAUUCAGCUGGAGGAUGCCAAAAAAGCUAGGGAAGAAAUGUAUGAAAAAUAUGUUGCGUCCAGAGACCACUAUAAAGCAGAAUAUGAAAAGAGACUCAAUGAAGAGUUGGAACAAAUAAGAUUGAAAACAAAUCAAGAAAUUGAGCAACUAAGAAGCACUUCAAAAGAGAUGUAUGAACGUGAAAACAGAAAUUUGAGAGAAGCAAGAGAUAAUGCUGUUGCUGAAAAAGAAAGAGCAGUUAUUGCUGAAAAGGACUCUUUAAGAAAAUAUGAUCAACUCUUAGAACAGUAUAGACAAAUGCAGCUUGGCACAGAAAGCAAAGUAGCUGAACUUCUUCACCAAAGUAAGUUAAAGUCCUUUGAAACUGAACAUGUUCAACUCAUGCAACAAGAAACAGCUAAGAAUCUUUCACAGUGCCAAAUGGAAUGUGAGAAAUACCAGAGAAAGCUGGAGGUGCUUACGAAGGAAUUUUAUAGUCUUCAGUCUUCUAGUGAAACCCGCAUUAUUGAGCUUCAAACACAGAAUUCUGAGUUUCAAGCAAGACUAGAUACUUAUGAAAAACUUGAAAAAGAGCUUGACGAGAUAAUACUGCAGACAGCAGAAAUGGAAGAUGAAAUUGAAGCUGAAAGGGUUCUCUUCUCAUACGGAUAUGGUGCUAAUGUUCCUACAACAGCCAAAAGACGACUAAAGCAAAGUGUUCACUUGGCAAGAAGAUUACUGCAGCUAGAAAAGCAAAACUCGUUGCUUGUAAAAGAUCUGGAACAUCAGAAGGAACAAGUAACACAGAUUUCACAAGAGCUUGACAGAGCAAAUUCUUUGUUGAACCAAGCACAACAGCCAUACAAAUACCUCAUUGAAACUGUGCAACAGAGAGAUUCUCAAAUAAGUCUACAGAAAGAACAUAUUACACAACUUGAAAAAGAUAACAGUCUUUUAAAUAAAGAAAAGACAGCUUUGCUGCGUGUCAAGAAUCAAAUGGCAGCAGAUUUGGAGAGACUUCUAAAUGACCGUGAGGAACUAGCCACAAUGAAGCAGAUUAUAAUUAAUCUACAUGGUAAAUGCUAUGAACAAAAUCCACCUCAGUCUUUUAUUGAUGUAAAAAAUGCAAGUGGAAAAAAAUCAAACCCUUUGGUAAAACUGCUGUCAGAACAUGAAGAAGAAAAUAUAUUUACACCUAAGCCAACGUUAUUUACAAAUAAAGAGGCACCUGUAUGGUACAAGAAACUGCAGAAGAAAACAUCACCAUAGCAUUUUUCCAAAAUCAUUAAAAAUAAUCCUUUGGGGAGUUUUUCAUUAAAGUUAUUUUCGUCAUAAUGAUGUCCAUUUUUCUAUAAAAGCAAACAACUGGUUUGGUUUUAACUGUUUCUUUUUUAACUGUCAAAUAAUCUUACACUUCAUAAAAUAAUUUCUAGAUUUGUUAUGUGAAUAAAAUGUGUGGAAAUAAUGCAUGCAAUAAUUUUACUAACAUGUAUUUGAAUUUUAAAAGAUAAAUAAACAUUAGUGUGUUGUACACAUUAUAAUCUGGGCAGUUAAAGGAUGUGUUAUUCAGAGUGUUCCAAUUAAUGCAUGUUUCGGCUUUUUUUAUAUUGUUUUUCUUGGACCUUGUGUUUCAUGCCACAUUCCUUGCAACUGUUUUGGCUGAUGGAAAUUUUUAAAAUAUACAUGAGUUAGUAUCAAACUAUAUCCUACUUUCUGUGAAGGAAAUUCACAUCAGCUGGAAAAAAAAUUUCUUACCAGACUUGAUUUGUAGUUUAUCACUUGAUGUCACUUGUAUAACCGAACAGGCAUUAAAAAUACUUUAGAGAACCAAUAAAAUACAUCUUAAUUAUCAGCACUGAUAAGUACUGUAUACUGAAAAUAUUGCUCAGAUUUCACUUAAGAGAAAGCUCCUUCUUCUUAGCACCUUUUUCCUAGCUCCUUUUUCCUUGACAAUAUCUUAAAUUGAUUGUUUUUUCUAACCUGGACACGAACAAUAAUUAUUUACUACAUAAUACUGAGCUAUAUCAAGCUUAUGAUUCCCACAUACACUUUUCUUCCUUUUCCAACCAACAGUUGAAGCACAGUAAUACUUCCUCUGCUCCAGAAAAGCUUCAGUUUCCUUUUUUUUCCUUUUCUCUUUCUGAGAGUGCAAGGUAAAAAUGCUGGCAAUUGCACAUCACAGUUUAAAAUUACCAUUCUGUGAGUGAGGGAGGCCAAGUGUGUAGACAGACGUAAUAAUCUUUUAUUAGACUAACUGCUGGUCACUGGGGAAAAAAUCACACAAACUUUUGGACUCAAAAACCUAUAUAUACAGUCAUUUCUGAAUAACUGGUUUCCUGAAGUCUAGGUUUUAUCUAACAUAUAUUUUUAUGUGAAUGGAAUCCUUAACUUUUAUUUCCUAUGAAACAGCUCUCAUAUGUAGAUACUAAUUUUGUGGACUGUAAUAGGUACUUACUAACUGAACUUGCCAUACUAUCCUGUUUGUCUGUUAUCAAUGAGUAAUUAAUAAAUUGUAUUAUCUAGAAGGA